AUGGACCUGGACGAUUGCUUUGCGUACACGACAAGCGUGAGGGUGAGAGUGCGCCACAGGAUUCUCGGCUGCCUGUUUUAUGGCGUGAGCCUGUCCAUUCUUGUCGGCUACGUGGGGGUGUAUGAGCUCUACAUCCGAGAACGGUGGGGUGAGCUCGAGGCUCUCGGAGGGACACUCAAGGCUGUCGUGCAUGGCCCUUCGCCUGCCGUCCGCAAGCCUUGCAUGUCUUUUGAUCGUGUGACGACAAUCGCAGAAGCCACACCGCAGACCCUCCUCGUGGGGACACGGCUCGUAUCCAUUGUCGAGCUGCGUAACAAAUCCUGCCGCGCGCAUACUUACGGCUGCGAGCGGUGGGCGCCGCACACGCGCGAUGACGCCUUUGUUCCAGACGUCGAGCGCCACGCGGUCAUUGUGCAGCACGAGCUGGCCGAUUCGGCGAGCGGCCGCGAGGGGUUCGACACUGCUCUGCCUCGCUCGGCGCCCCUCGUGUCGGGGGAUGGCGGCGCUCUGCGAGUGGUUGCGUGCACCGGAGUGCGAGAUCCCGAUCCUGCCUGCCCCUUCAGCGGUGACCUCCUCCAUGUGCGAGAUCUGCUCUUUGUGACUGGGCUCGACCUUGACGCGCCUUUGCAGGCUACAUCGUCGCUGCGCGUGCGUGGGGUGAGCUUGCGGCUCGAGCUAGUGUACAAUGGCUCCGGCUACAGCUAUCGCGCGAGAUCCACCAAGCUGGACGCGAACGUGCUGCGCGUGGACACCCUCAACGAAUCGGCCCGCGUAAUAUCCGGCCUGCACGGAAUUGGCCUAAGCCUUGUCGAGACCGGCGGAAUGCGGCGGCUUGAGUGGCGUACGGUGCUGCUGACGAUCAUAUCCGGAUUUGCGCUGCUCUCAGCUGCCAAAACCGUCGCCGACCUCUUCCUGCUGCACUUUGCACCGCGGCGGGACGACUACCGCCUCUUUGUUGAGCAGCUGACUCCAGAUUUUGGGCCCGACACCGAGCACGAGGCGCAAGUCCUCGAUCGAGUGAGCCCCGCCGCUUGCCCACCCCGGCCUCCGCGCGCAAUCAAACGCAUCUUCCGGCCUGUUUUAUGUUUAGAUUACGUCCACGCCUCCAUCUGCGCUCAGAUUCGGCGCUUCGCUGCUGGCGACAGCCCGUGGGCGCUGCAGGUCGGCCCGAGCAGCGCCGGGCCUGCCUCGGGUGACGGAGUGCAGCUAAUCGGCACGUGUCCUGCCGGAAGCGUGCUGGCCUGCUACCCUGGCGUCACGUACGCGCUCGAGGAUCUCCCAGUGAUGAGCAAGAUCGUGCUUCCGGGCAAUGCGUACGUCGUGAACCACCCGCCGCCGCAUUCGAGGCCGAAUGUGCUGCUCUACCCGUUCGACCUGCAGCGCGGGCAGCACGAGGAGCUGCAGGCGUUGCUCGGCGUGCUGCCCUUCCGCCCGCCCACCGAGGGCGAGCCCGCCUGUCGCUCGGCGGUCCUCAUCGCGACGCGACAGCUCGCAGACGAGGCGCCCCUCGUGCGGCCCGCUGGGGAGGGCACCUGCGCCGCCGGGAGACUCCUUGUGCUACCUGCCGCCGUCUGA